UUCGCUUCCAACCGCGCGCGGGCCGCGGUGAAAGCCCAGCGCAUGCCGUUUUGUUUCGCCUCGCAUCAUGUCCGAUGAGGUCCUCUAUUCAGCAGAGGAUACCACCAGGCUUAUCUUAUGCUGGUGCGGUCUUUGGAUGGUGCUGCACUACUUGGCCUGGGCCCUUUGGAAGCGGAAGGCGCUGAUCGUGUGCUCUGCCACGCCAGUGGAGAGGUAUCGGCGGAGGCUGUGCCGGUCACAGAUCUACUGCGGCCUGGCGGUGGCUGGGGGCCUGCGGCUGUUGCUCGGCUGCCGCUGGUCUGCCGCUGACUUGUUGUACAGCUUCUCCGCGGAGCACCAGGUGCUCUUCAGCAUGGCAGUGGCCCAUUGGCUGGUCUCUGUGUGGGAGGAUAGCAUGAACUGGACCUUCCUGCGUGGAGGGCUGAGCGCCAGAGACACGCAGAAUGGAGCCGAUCCCAGCCGAUUUCUGUGGCAAGCCUACCUUGUGCACCACCUCGUGGCGGCUGUCGCCUUCGGCGCUGCCCUGCGCCUGCAGGUGUGCACGGGCCUGGCUGCUUUUGGCCUGGUCUUUGAGAUGCCGGUGCUUUACAUGAACCUCCGCGAGUUCAUUGUGUAUGCCGACACACCUGUGGAGUGGUUCCGAGAUCUUAGGCGAGUGGAGCUCUUUUGGGGCACGCUGCUCCUUUGGUUCCGCCUGGCCCGCGGAGUGCCCACUUUGGUGUACUUCUAUUCCUUGAUCUUCUGGUAUGAGGACAUUGGAAAGCUUUCCACCAAGGAGGCGUGGAUGUACCAUGGCAUGGCCAUUUUCUUCACCAUCCUGAAUUGGAAUCUGGCCGGCACCUUCCUCCAAGCCUGGAAAAAGAAGGACUUGGAAGUGGCCGAGAGCGCCAAGGCCGUGGACUAUGAGGAGAAGUUCCGUCAGCUGCUGAAUCCCGAGGACGAGGCGAGGUUUGCAGAAAAGGUGAGGAAGGAGGAGGAGAGUAGCAUUGUAGAAGACGCGCCGGAGGUGGUGAAGAAGCCUCUGAUGGAGGUGAGCCCCGAGCUCUUUGCGAGCAAGGCCGACAGCGAGGAGGGCGAGCUUUGGGUGGAGAUCGACAACGUGGCCUACAACCUCACGGAGUUCCUAGGGAAACAUCCUGGGGGUGACGCGAUCCUCCGAAAGUUUGCCGGCAAGGACGCCAGCAAGGCGUUCCACAAAGCCAAGCACUCCAUGAAGGCAAAGAUGAUGAUGCAGCUCUACUGCGUAGGCCCCAUGCUCAAGGAGCUGAAAGAGUAUCGGAUCUUCGAGCACACCCACGAUCUUCGGGCGCUGCUUUUCGCCUUCCUGAACCUCGUGGCGCUUCUUAUCGCAGCCUGCUGGAUGCUGCCCAACAGCUUUUUCCCCAGCGUCCGCACUAUGCAGGAGGUGGAAACCAGCGCCAGCAAGUUGCUGGCGCCGGGCCUUGCCUUUGCAUUGGGCACAUCCACGCUGCUGGUGCCAGGGCGCCAGCGCUUCAACCCUGCCACCUGGACCUGCGGCGCCAUGUGGUUCGCGGCGACCUUCACCUCGCUGGUCGUGGGCCUGGAGUUGGCGCGCAGGCCGACGCAGGGCCACCUGCCCACCGGCUUGGAGAUAGGCGCUGCGUUGAUCUUUGUGGUGGAGGAAGUGCUGAUCCACCUGGACGCGGAGGGGUGGAAGUACCUCUACUGGCGAAGGAAUCUCUUGGCCGCAGCGGCGAUACUGAUGGCCUGGAGAUGCCGCGGGGCAACCCUCGAAUGGGUGGACAACACUCCUGAGCCUGUCCUUGGCGGCGUGCUCAUCGGCAUCUCCAUUCCUGUCUUCUGUCGCCUGGUCCAGACGCAGCAUGAGGUGUGGUUCCAGCAGGCCAUCCAGGGCUUGGCGUUGACCACCUUCUUCGGUCUCCCGUGGCUCUUCUACUUGCUGGCGCCCUCCAUGGACCUCCAGGGCUUCAAAGCCUUGGCCUCCCACGCCUGGGGGUCUUGGACCAUCAACGGCCUCAUCGGGGCCAUGUGCUGCUGCACUGCGAUCUUGGCCUUCCUCGCCGCGCUGCUCAACGAGGCCUUCAGCUCCAGCUCCCAGCUGGCCUCGCGCACAGUGGCUUUGAUGCUGAGCCUCGCGGUGCUCUUGCGCGGGGGCUUUCGGGGCUACCGCUGGCUUGGCUGGGUGGCCUGGUUCACGAUCAUGGGCACCCUAGGCCACAGGAAUAUAGCAGUGCUGAAUGACUUGCAGAAGAAGGGGCAGCUGGGCCAGGUUCGGUCCCAGAAGAUCGCCGUGCGAGCUGCAUGGGAGAUGUUCUACCUAGUCCUCGGCGCCUUGGCCUGGCAGGUUCUUCAGGGCAGUUUGAAGAUGUGGAUCAACGCUCUGAUGCCGCAGGAGCUCCAGUUCUAUGCCCCGUGGCUACCCUUUUUCGAGCUGGGGGAGGAUGUGGAUGUGGGAGUGGCGGCCUACUUUGCGCCCAAGGAAGCGGUGACCUCUAAGGAGGGUCCCCGGCACUUUGUGUGCAGCGUAAGGCACAUGGACACGGCGCACCCGGACGCGGAGCGAGACCUGCAUCUGCACCGGAACACGGCACGUGACAUGUGGAUGAAGUGCAAAGACACUUCGGCGGGCGGGUUGGUUGCCAACGUCAACUGCUUCUUCCCGCGCCUCUCAGGCUCCACCCAUUGCAAAGAGAUCAAUCUCUCCGGGUGGGUCUCCAGCGACGCGGCGGAGGCCUGGAGCGAGAAGCACGGGGGCCUUCCUGGGGUGCAGAGCCACCUGAGCAGCCGGGGCCAAAUGCGCACCCUGGGCGAGAUGCAGGCCAUUUUAAAGCCGCACGGGGAGAUCAGACACCAGGACAGGUGUUCCUCCUGUGCCCGCCUCUCCGAGAGCGAGCUGGGGCAGAAGGCGCCGGAGCGCUGCAGGUACUGCGGCAAGAAGAAUUUCGGCUAUCCCUUCUUCUGAGCGGAGAAGUGAUUGAGCUUAUCGACGGCUUUGAACAUGUGUUUUUUGCGGGUUAGUUUUGCUUGGUGAU